AUGGUCGGACACCUUUUGGCUUUCCCGGGCGGGCUGGACGAAGCGAUGUCAACGCUUCAAGCUCGCUUUGGACGACCCGAUUUGAUCGUAGAAGCGACCAUAAACAAGAUCAGGAGCAUGCCACCUCCUAAGAUUGAGAAAAUGACCACGCUAGUGGAAUUUGGAUUGGCGGUGAAGAGGUUGGUUGCUGCGGUGAAGGCGUCCGGUCUUCAUGCGUACAUGUACGAUGUAGCGUUGCUGAAGGAGCUGGUGCGGAAGCUGCCUCCAGUUACUUGUAUCGAGUGGGCAAGAACGAGGAAAAUGCUCCCGGAAGUGAGUUUGUUUGAGUUUGGUCGGUGGAUUGGAGAGUUGGCGGAUGACCUGUGUGCUGUCAUUGACAUGGCGCCCGCAACCGGAGCCGGUGAAGUGGAUCGUAGAAAACCGGAAACUACGCUACAGUCGAACAAAACCCAGUCUCUGCGGUUCCAGCCUCAUAGACCCCAACCUGCUCGUCCGCAACCAGGGCAACCUACCGGUACGGGUCGCGCUCACCCGGCUUACCUUAACGCGACCACAGUUCAGGGGGUAAGUUGCAGUGUUACAGAUCCAGAAGAAGACAUUCCAGCCGCGGUGCCAGCAUGUGUUUUGUGCGACAAGAGUUGCAAGUCGCUGGACCGCUGCGAUAAGUUCCGGAAAACCUCAGUGGCCGCAAGGAGAGCUUUUGUGAACGAAAGAAAGAUAUGCCGGAAAUGUCUUUCUCACCAUGGUGGUAGGUGCCGUGUGACGACGUCGUGCGGUGUCGACGGGUGUGGGGUUCAACACCACCGGCUGCUUCAUAUGGAGGAGCGAAACCCGAACAGCCCUACCUCGUACAAUAGACGCACCGAGUCAGGUAACGCCUCGAACACUGGCGUAGUUAGUCUUCUCGCACAUACAGGAACGACAGAAGGUGCCUUGCUGAAGUACGUCCCUGUAACCCUACACGGACCUGGUGGGCGUGUUGAUACGUACGCCUUCUUCGAUGACGGGUCCACUUCCACCUUUAUGGACCACGGACUACUGGCUGAGUUGGGUGUAUCUGGGACGCCUCACCCGUUGUGUCUGCAAUGGACAGGAGACGUGUCCAGAGAGGAAGGCGAUUCCGUUAGGUUGCCAGUGCAGAUAUCCGGUCGCGGCGCGUUUCCCACCGUGCAUGAACUGGCCGAAGUACAUACUGUGAAGGAACUUGCACUUCCGGCGCAGUCGGUCGACGUCAUCCGUCUUUCUGCAAGUUUUCCCAACUUAAAGGGACUACCGCUGUAUUCGUACGAGCAUGCUGUGCCUCGUGUACUGAUUGGUGUGGACAAUUGUCAUCUGAGCCAAUCGCUGAAGACCGCGGAGGGUAAAUGCGACGAACCGGUCGCGUCGAAAACCCGUCUAGGUUGGGUCGUUUACGCUCCUUGUCCGGUACCAGCAAGACAUAUGCAAAGCUUCCACGUCUGCACGUGCGGUGGCUCAUCCGAUGAUCGUCUAACCGCCAUCGUGAAGGAGUAUUUCACUCUCGAAUCCAUCGGUAUCGACAAAUCGAGCAAAGUGUUGGAGUCGAAAGACAAUGAACGAGCACUAGCCAUAUUGGAACGAGAAACAAAGUUCAAGGAUGAUCACUACGAGACCGGGCUACUAUGGCGAUACGACGCCCUCGAUCUGCCCUGCAAUAAGGCCGCUGCAAUGAAGCGGUACGUAUGCCUAAAACAAAAGAUGAGAAAAGAUCGCGUUUUAGCCGAAGCCGUGAAUGCAAAAAUGAGGGAAUACUUAUCGAAGGGCUAUAUCAAGAAGCUGUCCGACACUGCUGCAAUCCCACGACGGAAGAACGAUUGGUUCCUUCCUAUCUUCCCGGUGACCAACCCAAAUAAGCCCGGAAAGAUUAGGAUGGUUUUCGAUGCGGCGGCUAAGGUGAGAGGAGUGAGUUUAAACUCCAAUCUUCUUUCCGGACCCGACUUGCUGGCGGGACUGCUUUCGGUCCUCUUAAAGUUUCGGGAGAAUCGUGUCGCCGUAGCAGGAGAUAUUAGGGAAAUGUUCCAUCAAGUCGGCAUCAAGGAAGCAGACCAGCGGUGCCAGAUGAUACUGUGGGACGGCGAUAACCCCGACAACGGGCCUGCAGUUUACGUGGUGACAGUGAUGACAUUUGGGGCCGCGUGUUCACCUAGCAGCGCGCAGUACGUAAAAAAUCUGAACGCGAGAAGGUUUGCGGCAGAAUAUCCGCGGGCGGUCGAAUGUAUCGUACACGAACAUUACGUCGACGAUAUGCUCGUCAGUGUAGAAACCGACGAGGAGGCAAAGGCGUUGGCGGACGCGGUUCGCUAUAUUCACUCGUGUGGCGGGUUUGAGAUCAGGAACUGGAUUUCAAACUCUCCAUCGGUCGUCCAACAUCUGCAGAAGGAAUUCAGAGGAAAGGAGAACAUCAACACCAGUUACGACCUGUCGACCGAGAAAGUGCUAGGAAUGUGGUGGGACACGGCGUCCGACACUUUAACCUUCCGUUUAUCCCCGAAGCACGACGAGGAUCUGCUAUCCGGUCGGAAGGCGGCUACCAAGCGCGAGAUCCUGCGUACGCUGAUGAGCAUUUAUGACCCGUUGGGACUGCUUGGGCACUUCUUGAUGUAUUUGAAGGUGCUGCUGCAAGAAGUCUGGCGCGGCGGACUCGGAUGGGACCAAAAGCUGGACGAUGUAUCCGAAACGAAAUGGGCGGCGUGGCGGAGACUACUCCCGGAAGUAAAAACGGUGGUCAUUCCACGGUGCUAUCGACAGCUGACUUCGCCAGAGGCCAACGUGGAGCUACACAUUUUCUGUGACGCGAGCGAGAAUGGGACGGCGGCAGUCGCGUACUUCCGAUUCGAGGAAAACGGCCAAAUCGAGUGUGCCUUGGUAGGAUCGAAAACGCGCGUGGCGCCGCUUAAAUGUUUAUCUAUUCCCAGGCUAGAGCUACAAGCUGCAACAAUCGGGGCGCGUUUGGCGAAAACGAUCGUGGAAGGCCAUAGAGUAGUAGUCAAGCGAACUACGUAUUGGACUGACUCGAUGAACGUGUUGAGCUGGCUGCAUUCCGACCACAGGCGUUACACCCAAUUCGUAGCGUUCAGGGUAGGGGAAUUGCUCGAGAGUACCAACCCGGAGUAA